GUUAAAUAACCUCAUUCUCAGCUUGUUUUGUUUGUAAAUAAAAAAAUAAUUUAUGCAUUUUUUAAUACAUUGCACAUAUCUCUCUACCGGCUACUUUUGUAUUUAGCGCUUAUUGCUUUUGCAGACCUAUGUAGGGAAGUAUCCAUAUGAGUUCUGUAGUACAAGUUCUGUGAUAGUAUCACUUGAUUUUGCCAGUUUUUAGAAGUCUUAGCUAUGAGCCGUGAUAAAGUGUUUUUCCAGCAAUAUGCCACUGAGUACGAUCCUAUCAAAAUUGGGUCCAUUGACGGUACGGACACAGAGCCCCAUGAUCUAGCAAUAGUGCGGGCGCUCUGGUCACAAUAUGAGCCAGACAAGCGCGUGACGGGAGACCCUCGACACACAUUGUUUGUUGGCCGGUUGAAUCCUAGGACUACUCAGGACACAAUAACAUCGGAAUUCUCAAAGUUCGGUAAAAUAGUCAAAUGUCGCCUUGUAAAGGACAUUGUGACGGGCAAGUCCAAACAAUACGCCUUCGUGGAGUUCGAGAGCUCAAGUGCUGCGGACAAAGCCCACAGAAACAUGCACAAAGAGUUCAUCGACAACACGGAGGUGAUAGUGGAGUGGGAGGCGGAGCGCAGGCUGCGGGGCUGGAGGCCGCGGCGGCUGGGCGGCGGGCUCGGCGGCCGCAAGGAGUCCGGGCAGCUCCGCUUUGGAGGCCGGGACCGCCCGUUCAAGAAACCUUACACGGCUUAGCUAGACAUGUUCUCUUAGGAGCACGGAUCAGGGACCCUCGGGCCGCGGCCUCCUGCACGUGUCCUCGUUCCUGCUGCCGGCGCGGCAGUGCGCGGCCGGCGAGCGCUGGGCCCCGCGGCACCUGUCGC